AUGGAGCAGGUGAACUUUACCACCACUGUGAAAGAAUUUCUCCUUGUGGGCCUCACCCAGAGUUCAGUGAUGCAAUGUUUACUUUUUGCAGUCUGCCUUGUAAUCUAUUUAAUGACCUGGAUUGGGAACCUCACCAUCAUCAUCACUGUGAUCACAGACCACCGGCUCCAAACCCCCAUGUACUUCCUACUGGGAAACUUGGCCUUCAUAGAUCUCAGUGAGUCCUCAGUAACUGUGCCCAAGAUGCUGUGGGACCUGUUGUCCAAGCACAAAACCAUCACAUUUGGUGGUUGCAUAACACAGAUGUUUUUCUUCCAUUUCACUGGGGGUGCUGUUGUCUUCUUCCUCAUGGUGUUGGCACUUGAUCGGUAUGUGGCUAUCCACAAACCUUUGCACUACCUGACCAUAAUGAAACAAAGCACUUGCAAAGGGCUGGUGGCAGGAGCGUGGCUGGGUGGAUUUGUUCAUUCCAUUGUUCAGGUGGUAUUGACAAUCAACCUACCCUUUUGUGGUCCCAACACAUUGGACAAUUUUUACUGUGAUGUCCCUCAGGUAAUCAAACUGGCCUGCACAGACACCUAUUUGGUUGAAUUGCUGAUGGUCUCCAACAGUGGACUGCUCACCAUAAUUAUCUUCAUUAUCCUGAUUGGGUCAUACACCAUCAUCUUAGUCAAGAUAAGAACCCAUGUCAUGGAAAGGAAGCACAAGGCCCUGUCUACUUGCGGAGCUCAAAUUAUGGUGGUGAGCAUCCACUUUGUACCCUGCAUCUUCAUCUAUGCUCGGCCCUUCCAAAAAUUUACUAUGGAUAAAGCAAUAUCAGCACUGUACACAGUCAUCACUCCGAUGCUGAACCCCAUGAUCUAUACACUGAGAAACACUGAGAUGAAAAAUGCCAUUAAGAGACUAUUCAGCAAGAUGAUCUCAGCAGGGAAAAUUAAGCUGUAA